AACAAAAAAAAUCUUUUAAAAAAAAGAGUUUGCUUUACAAAAAAAAUAUAGUACAUAGUAACGGUGUCGUUUUGAUAAUUUUGGUCAAUGAAAGAAAAUGCAAAUUGUUAGUCCCAACCUUGCCUUUAUAGUUGAGACUUGAGACUACAGAGAGAGAGAGAGAGAGAGAGAGAGAGAGAGAGAUGAGCGCACUGUGGAGUAGCGGCGGAUACGUAGCUCGGAGAGCAGCUCAGAAGGAGAGGGUUCGGAUCCUCUACCGGAGAGCCCUCAAAGAUACUCUCAACUGGGCUGUUCAUCGCCACCUUUUUUACCAAGAUGCUUCAGAGCUUCGUGAAAGGUUCGAGGCCAACAAGAAUGUGGAAGAUCCCGACACAAUUGAUAGACUAAUUGCUGAUGGGGAGGCAUCUUAUAAUAAGUGGCGACACCCUGAUCCUUAUAUUGUACCUUGGGCUCCUGGUGGCAGUAAGUUUACUCGAAACCCAACUCCACCUUCAGGGAUUGAGAUAGUAUACAACUAUGGGAAAGAAGACAAUGACUAAAUCCUGCUAGUGUUCUAUCAAAAAUAAAUAAAGAUUAUGAUGACCAGUGGCAACUGAUUUUGAAGAUAAUGUUGGAGCCAGCAUUUUUGAUGUGUUUGUGAACAAAUUGUUGCUUUAAAAAAACUCUCAAAAGUGCUGAGAUACUUAGUUGUUGUUAUUAUUUAUUUCGGUACAUCUGUUGAAUGGUUUUGUUACAGAAACAAAUUUGACUGUGCUGCAAAGUUGGUUGAAUUAACCAUUGAUGCUUUUUAAGCUCUUACUUUGUUUGUUUCCAUAUAAAUAAAUUGCUUUCCUUUUCUUUC